GCCGCUGUCCCGCCGCGGCCGCGCCGCCUGCAGCAGCUCUAGCUGCUCCUCCCCGGCGGCCGUCCCCCGCGGGUCCCUCCCUGGCUGCGGGAGAGACGGAGGUAGAGGGAGGACACAGAGCCGCGCCGCCCGCGCCGGAGACCUUCGCCUCGCCCCGCCGGCUCCGCACCCCGGGAGGACCAUGGAUGAUCUCAGUGAUACCUUAAAGAAGCUGAAGAUAACAGCUGUUGACAGGACUGAAGACAGUUUAGAAGGAUGCUUGGAUUGUCUGCUUCAAGCCCUGGCUCAGAAUAAUACAGAAACAAGUGAAAAAAUACAAGGAAGCGGAAUACUUCAGCUGUUUGCAAGUCUGUUGACUCCACAGUCUUCCUGCACAGCCAAAGUAGCUAACAUCAUAGCAGAAGUAGCCAAAAAUGGUGAGGUUUUCCUCAAGAAUUUUUCUGCUGGGAACAUCUUCAGUUUUACACCUUACUUAAUUUAUGCGAAUUCCUUGUGUGGAUGCUGGAUUGAUUUCACCACUGGUGCAGCUGCUAAAUAGCAAAGACCAAGAAGUGCUGCUUCAAACGGGCAGGGCUCUAGGAAACAUAUGUUACGACAGCCAUGAGGGCAGAAGUGCAGUUGACCAAGCAGGUGGUGCACAGAUUGUAAUUGACCAUUUAAGGUCACUGUGCAGUAAAACAGACCCCGCCAAUGAGAAGCUCUUGACUGUCUUUUGUGGCAUGCUGAUGAACUAUAGCAAUGAGAAUGAUUCCCUUCAAGCUCAGCUUAUCAAUAUGGGUGUUAUUCCUACCCUAGUGAAAUUACUGGGCAUCCACUGCCAAAAUGCAGCUCUUACUGAAAUGUGUCUUGUUGCAUUUGGUAAUUUAGCAGAACUCGAGUCAAGUAAAGAACAGUUUGCCAGUACAAACAUUGCUGAAGAGCUGGUAAAACUCUUCAAGAAACAAAUAGAGCAUGAUAAAAGAGAAAUGAUUUUUGAAGUUCUUGCUCCAUUGGCAGAAAACGAUGCUAUUAAACUACAGCUGGUUGAAGCAGGCCUGGUUGAGUGUCUACUAGAGAUUGUUCAACAGAAAGUGGAUAGUGACAAAGAGGAUGAUAUUGCUGAGCUCAAAACUGGUUCAGAUCUAAUGGUUUUAUUACUUCUUGGAGAUGAAUCCAUGCAGAAAUUAUUUGAAGGCGGAAAAGGCAGUGUGUUUCAAAGGGUGCUCUCUUGGAUUCCAUCAAAUAACCACCAGCUACAGCUUGCUGGAGCAUUGGCAAUUGCAAAUUUUGCCAGAAAUGAUGGAAAUUGUAUUCACAUGGUAGACAAUGGGAUUGUAGAAAAACUUAUGGAUUUACUGGACAGACACGUAGAAGAUGGAAACGUAACCGUACAACAUGCAGCACUAAGUGCCCUCAGAAACCUGGCCAUCCCAGUUAUAAAUAAAGCAAAGAUGUUAUCAGCUGGGGUCACAGAGGCAGUUUUGAAAUUUCUUAAAUCUGAAAUGCCCCCGGUUCAGUUCAAACUUUUGGGAACAUUAAGAAUGUUAAUAGAUGCACAAGCAGAAGCUGCUGAGCAACUGGGCAAGAAUGUUAAGUUAGUGGAGCGUUUGGUGGAAUGGUGUGAAGCCAAAGACCAUGCUGGUGUGAUGGGGGAGUCAAACAGACUGCUGUCUGCCCUCAUACGGCACAGCAAAUCAAAGGAUGUAAUUAAAACCAUUGUACAGAGUGGUGGCAUCAAGCAUCUAGUUACUAUGGCAACUAGUGAACAUGUAAUAAUGCAGAAUGAAGCCCUUGUUGCUUUGGCAUUAAUAGCAGCUUUAGAAUUGGGCACUGCUGAGAAGGAUCUAGAAAGUGCUAAACUGGUACAGAUUUUACACAGACUGCUAGCAGAUGAGAGAAGUGCUCCUGAAAUCAAAUAUAAUUCCAUGGUCCUGAUCUGUGCUGUCAUGGGGUCUGAAUCUCUACACAAGGAAGUGCAGGAUUUGGCCUUUCUGGACGUCGUAUCCAAACUUCGCCAUCACGAGAACAAAAGCGUCGCCCAGCAGGCCUGUCUCACAGAGCAGAGACUGACGGUGGAAAGCUGAGGACUGCCCUCCUGGAUACGCGCGCCGCCCCGUCUCCGGUCGCCCCGUCCUCCAUCCGCUGCCUCAUCUCCACCAUAUCACUUGUGCAUGCAUGUGACGCUCCAGCGCCAAUCGAAGAACUUCUGUAGGUACCCGCCUAGUAAGGUCUCUAACCCAUAGUUAGUGCGAACAUGACUUCACCAAAAACAAGUCUCCACCCAUAACUGUUCUCUUGUAUUCCUGUUGCUUGAGCUGCGUUAAGUAGAAUGUGCAUGUUGUAGUCCUCUGACGAUAUAAACUUGGUACCACAUGAUGACUUGCUCCUCACAUGCAGUAAACCACGUGAUGGUGUACUGGUCAUUUAGAGACAAAGAACACUGCAGGACCUGUCUAGCUUAUUAAAGAUGAAAUUGAAUAGUAAAAGUAGCUCCAUUAUUUUGGUGCUUGGGAAGCGCGGUGACCAAAAAUACCCGUAUGGCUGCUCAUUCAUUAGUCUGACUAAUGUCGGAACCAUGGUACCUAGAGUUAAAUAAAAUUCCAUUGCUCUCAUUCUUUACCCAAUGGUUCCUCCUUUUUCCUAACUAUGUGGACUAUUAAGUGCCACAAACUUGGCAAGGCUUUGAGAUUUCUGAGUCCAUAUUUAAUUGGCUGCCAUCAACAGCCUGAUGUUGAAAACAUUUGUAGAUUUCAGUGUGCCACUAAGGGGUUGAAGAAUCCCCGUGACACUAGAGCAUUUUGAGUUUUGCCUGUAUUUCAGAUUCUGAUAUCUGUGCAGUCUCACCUCAGCACUUCUUCCAUCAGCUAAUCAGCAUUGUCCAGCACUUGUCUUUAAAAGUCACUUGGCACUUGUUUUCAGCUGAGGAAAUUGAGUAUAUAGCUCAUUGGAGAAUGGAUUUUUUUUUUUGCUGUUUUUCAUCAUUCAGCUAGAAAGCUAGAAGUUUCAUCUUUCAUAGACCUUUUAAACCUUACAUUAGAACUAGCAGGACAUAGGAGGAAAGAUGAAGAAAUAAGCUUGUCUAGACCGAAGAGGAAGGCAGGUUAUAAAAGCCAUAGCAGCCAGUCCAGUUUAUUCUGCAGAGGGCCUCACACCAAUCACUGUUAGAGUCCCCUCCUCCGCUUCCCCCUGGGAACUGCAGGAAUCUUAAAGGCUGCCAGUAAGCCAAGACUCAAGAGAAGACCCCCUUGGCGAAACAGAGUGAGUGUGCUCUUCACUGCCACUACCACCACCAAAUGGGUUUUUAGAGCUCUGAAACACAAUCUUUGUAAAUUAAACAAGGCAUCCCUGUGACCCACCUGCCUUCUCCCCCUGCCCGAGUUUGACCACUACUGGUCUAACAGGCAAGACGGGCUCCCACACAGAAGGACUGCGGGACAGUAAGGAGGGCUGCCACGGCGCGGGCAGGGGCUCCUUGCUCUGCAGCGUGGGUGCCACACGUCUCUGUGAGUGACCUCAGUGGACUUGUGACUCUAAAACAGCUAAUUCAAGAAAGUUAAAACCCUAGUGGAGGUGAAGAAUCUUUUGCCUGAUGUCCCCUUUGAUGUCCGAAUAAGGAACUAUUAUGAAUGCUUAUGCCACACUCACUGUAAGAAUGAUCUUGUAUAUUGUCUUUCUCCUGGGCUGGAUAGUGGACUAUAUUUUAUUAUAGGUUUUGAAAGACAUCUGUAAUGUUGCUUAACAGACUGUCCAUAUUAAUAACUUAAUAAAUAGUAUAUCAAACUA